UGGCGUGAGGUGGCUGGUGAGGGGCGCGCUGUGGUGUUUCGUGUUGCCUGGUGAACUUAUGGCUUCGGCAAAGACAGUGGCAAGUUUGAAAAAUCGACAGUGUGUCAAGGAUUACAUUUUGACCGCCAUUGACCAGCUGAAGCAGCGCAAAGCUCGUCCAGAUCGGUACCGCAUUGCCUAUGUUCUCAGCAAGCAAUUCGGAGUGGAUGUUGAAGCUGCUAACGACACAUUGGAGCAAAUGACAGAUGAACACAAGAUUGUUCGGGUGGACUACAAGGGUUCUGUGAGCUACAGAGACAUCAGAAACUGGAUACGCGUCAACGAUAAUAUUCAAGGGAUAUCCAUGUACGGAGGUGCCUUUAUCCUGAAUUCUGAUCGGGCUAGUGCUGCCAUCCACGAAGCGGUCAAAUCGUUAGCACUUGAUAAAAAUGCAAGGACAGUGACCUUGGCCGAGGUGGAAAAAUACUUCAAAGACAAGGCACAUAAUCAAUACACCACCGCGCCUUUGGCCGUCGCGCUUCAACGUGAAGUGAACGCCGGGCACCUGCUGAAAGCGGGCGUCAAUGUUUUCGCUCUCCAGACAUCGAAAAAACAAAAACAGGAGAUGAUGGUAAACCGGACAGAAUCACCUACAUCAGAGGGGACUUCAGAUGGAAACGAUGCCAUCAAUGACAACGGAAAAAGAGUAAAGAAAACCAAGGUGAUCUUCGACCCGAGCGAGACGCGCCCGACGCAAACCGACCAGCCGGCGGCCAAGCGAGCCAAGAAGAUGGUGAUGAGCGCUCUUAGCUCGUCCGCUGCCGCCGCCGUCGCUGCUGCCCCUGCCGCGGCCACCGCCGCCGCCACUGCAACCUCCACGUCCACCGUCACCACUACCGCCUCCACGACCGCCCCGGCCAGGCGUGUGUGCAACUUCUGUCACAAGCAGACCAAACAUGAGGUGGUGCUGGUGUGUCGUCAGUGCCAGACGCCAGCGCACCCGAGCUGCUUGGGAUACAGCAGACGCCUGGCCAAGGUCGUGCAAAAUCACCCGUGGACAUGCAUGGACUGCAAGACCUGCAAGCUCUGCCGGGACGUGGGCGGGGAGCUGAUAUUCUGCGACAAGUGCGACGAGGCGUACCACAUGGUGUGCCACCGGCCGGUGGUGCGGCGAAAGCCGGUCGGCGAG